GAGACAUUGCAGCAAAUCGACUGUGCAUCGACGUGCCGUCGAGAAGCUCGUCAGCGACAAUGUCCAUCCCUCAAUGGGCUGCGACGUGGCGACCGGACAUUCGGCAGCUGCUACAUCGCUUACAGGACACCCCGGACACUUCAUCGCAAGCACCUUCGUUUGCUGUGGACGAGCUACAGGUGGACGUUUAUGUGCGCCAAUUGUAUGCUCAUACGUACUUGGAACCGAGCUCCGAGCGCAUGAAGAAUGCUGCAGAAGGUAUAGUACGAACGCUGGAGUUUCACCACCGUGAUCGCCAUGCCGCGAGGAUAUCAACCAUCUUCUUUGGUACACCUGACGUGAACCACCCGUCCCGUCCGCUCUCUUUGAAAAUCCCAACUCGCAUCGCGUGCUUGCUUCUUGAGCUGGCCAACUCGCCAUUAUCGAUCACUCCGACCGAGUUGGACGAAAUUGAUCUCGUGCGCAUUGCAUGCGAGUCACGUUCGUCCAAGAUCUUCCAUGACGAACAGCGGGCCAAAGCAGCCACACGUGCUUUGGUGGACGAGCUCAACCAUCUGACCAUGGAAGAUCCAUGGUUCAAGGCGGAAAACGCGGAUGAAGAAGAUGAUGACGCACUGUGGGGCAGCGACGACGAUAUUCCGGCGGACGAGUCGCUGGGGCAACUCAGUUCUUCGCAACUUCCAUUGCAACCCAACAUAACCAAUGCCACGUCUGAAGUCCCAAUGGAUUGCGAUCGCCUUUCGCCAAAACAUGACGUCGUGCCAAGCGAAGCUACCUUUUGCACUGCUUCUCCGGAACCAGAGCCCCCAUUGCCUGUGGAAGUGUAUCGUUCGAACAAGCCGUGGCUCCUUUACCAAGGUUACGCAGAGGCGCUCGGGCAAUUCGAGACUCCGCUGCGAUUCCUUGAGAAAAGAAUUCUCCCGGAGCACCAUUUCGUCGAGCACGUGCUGUUUGUGCUACUGGGGUGCACGUCGACUACUUUUGAAAGCGCCUCCGUCUCGUCCUCCAUCCCGUUUUGGUCAUCCAUGAGCUACACAAAGUUCGAACUCGCGUCAUCCUCAUUGCACCUACAGUCCGUGUCGCAUCUCACACCUGCGUGUUUGUAUCAAAGCCUCAACCACUGGAGCGACGUCGCAACUGCGCUGUCCUUCAUCCGCGCGGCUGUCGCUCAUCUCGGAUCGUUCCCGUCGCCAACGAUGCAGGGCUCAUCGCAUGCCUUGUCCGAAUUCGUGCGUGGCGUCGACAGCACUGUGUCAACGCACAUGCGUAACAUGCACGUGCUCGGAACAUCUCGACCGACGCUGAUUUUCCUCUGGGUCGAACUGCACCCUGUCAUUAACAGCAUCCAUUGGCUUCGGCACGUCAUCUUGGACGUUUUGCAGCCGGUAGAGCAGACCAAGACGCCAACCAUUCGGGAACUCGCGACCACAGUCCUGACAUCGCUGAGCGUACUCCUGGAGCAGUACACGGUCUUGGAGGACUCCCGGCACUACGCAUUGUUGGCACAGUGGUUUGGGCACGCGCUCACACCGUAUUUGCAAAGCGUGCACGACUUCCUCGACGGCCAUCCCGCAUCUCUCGACGUUGGAUUUGAUCUCCACCCCGAUUUGUGGACACCGUUUCAGCGAGCGCUCUUCCGUACCACCCGACUCCCUACAUCGACUACCCCCCCUCGCUUCAUGCACAGUUUACAGUCGCUACUUCUCGAGGCGCAUGCAUAUGCUAUCGUGUGGCGAGACUCCAUCGGCGCAUCACGCCACCCAACCGAAGUCAUCGCUAGUACUGACGUCAUGGAGUCCCAGCCGAACGCUGACUUGCGUUCAAACGCUUCAACGCCGUGGAGGCCAUCGUACGUUCACACACAGAUUCCUCCAGGAUUGCCCCACCUCACGGCGGCGGCAGACGUCGCGCAGGAGUCGACAUGGAUGUCCAAUGCAACGCAAGUACCGCCAUUGUCCUUUGACGAAUACUUGAGUUUCAACGUGAUCGAGCCAUUGCAAGCGCGGUGUUUGGCCAUCGGGCAUGCCAUGGUGACGCACGUGAAAGACACGUGGCGCGUUGUUGACCACUGGGAAGCCAUGCGGUUGUUUGUGCUGCAAUAUCAUCCGGACACGUCGAGUGGACUGAGCGAGCAGCUCGUCCAGCAUGUUAUGACGCCGGCGCUUCGACCUCUUUGGCGCGAUGGGUAUGCCAUGAAUGCGAUGUUUCGACACAUCGUCGCCACAGCCCCGGCGACCGACGCGUACCUCAAUCACGCCGCGUGUAUUUCGCUCCAGCUGAACAUCCCCAGCGAUAGUGCGGCGGUGGGAGAGUCCAUUGCGGCGCUCAACACGUUGGCCUUUCGUUACGCAGCGCCAGGUCCCCUCAAGCUGCUCUUUCGGCAGGACGUGAUGGACCGCCUGUCGAAACUUGGCAUCCUGUUGUUGCAAGUUCAAGGUGUUGAAAGGGCGUUGGUCUCGCUCAAACAAACCACGACGCGAACGCUGCCCCACGUCCCUGCGAUGCACGUACACCUGGUCGACUUGGCCGGCAUGCUGCAUUUCGUCAAGCAAAUGCACGAAUACUUUCGACAACAGACAGAUUGUUGCAACCACAUUACCGACGCCAUGGUGCAAGCGACCCUUGUAUCGGAGAUGAACGACGCGAUUGAACGGGUCCUUCAUGUCAUGCUGGAGCGGUGCUUCCUUCUGAAAAAGCAUGCUUCAAUCCACCAGUACCUCAUGCACGUGCUGAAUCAAGUUAUCCAGUAUGCCAUGUGCUUUGCCCAAGUUGUAUCCAACCACCGCGGUGAAGUCGACAAUGCGGUGGAGAUAAGUGGACUGGCUGCAGCAGCCAGUAAAUUCAAGAGAGCGCAUGGCUACCUCAUGAUUAUGCUGCAUUCGAUGGCCAGAACCGGGUCCGCGCCGCAUUUGCACGAGCUCGUCGUGCAGUUGAACUACAAUGGCGUGUACAUCCUCGAUUAAGACCCUUAUCGACGCUCCGACCACGAAUUAUCAACCAGCUCAACUGAACGUCAUGGGGACUCGUCCGUGCCAUGCCGCAAUCCAUUCCACAGCAUUUGGUCGAACCUGUGAGACGAGCAUGUUUUCCAUCUUGGCGCGAUCAUGCGGUGGGGACAAUCGAGGCGACCCCGCCCGAGUUAACGGCGUCCUCGCGCCGGCGCAAUCGACCGAUUUGUUUUAGUGCUUGUUGACAAGUGGCUUCCAACGAUGCGACUGUGUUCUUGUUCACGCGGGCCUUGACUGGAGCCGUCGCCAUGCCAAAGUGUGGGCCAUACCUACGGCAUCUCUCGUUCAAAUGGAAUUUGACGACACGACCAUACAUGGGAAAGUAGUCGUGAUCGGAAACUUGGUCGGGCAACAUUUGGUCGAUGGCGGUCGCCGUGAGGGCUGCAAAACAUCGCGCCGCAUCCGAUUCAUUGUAGCCUCCACCGCCAAGCAGUAACAACGGCAGUUCCAGCUCCUUUACAACGUCCAAACACCAGCACAAGCCCGUGGCUGUCAAGUUGAAUGUCCCCAAGGGAUCCCUGUCGCGAUGCGUGAAAAUCGAUUGUUUUCGCACCAAACACAUCCGUACGUAGCAAGGGUGUCGACGCCGCACGUCAUGACAACAUGCGUCGGCAUGAACGCCUCCACGAUUGCCUGCACGACCACCUCAAACACUUCAAAGAACUGGUUGUCCGUAAUGCCGUCGUCCAAAGGCACGUUGAGGUUUCGGUGUCGGCCGGCCCCUCGACCGAUGGACGACGGACUGCCUGUACCAGGAAAGAAGCCUCGGGCGAACUUGUGGAAUGACAGUGUGAACACUUGGGACGAGAAGUAGAAUGCUUCCUCGACGCCAUCGCCGUGGUGGACGUCGAUGUCAAUUACGAGGACUUUGCAAGCGUGUAUGUUGUGCAAGAGGUAAUCCACGGCAAGGACCACAUCGUUCACGUAGCAAAACCCACUUGCAUGGUCUUUCUUGGCGUGGUGCCGGCCUCCGCCCCAGUUGAUCGCAAUGUCGAUGCUGCCGGACACGAGCAACUUGCUGGCCGUAAGUGACGCACCAGCAACAUACGAACAAUAUGAAAACAGUCCUGGAAACGCAUAUGCAUCGUCGACAAGACCGUGCUCGAGCAUGAUGGCAGCGGCCGACGAAGUUUCGGCUUUCAGAGCAUCGACAUAAUCGCUGCUGUGGAACCGUUUAAGGUCGGACGGCGAAGCCACAUCAGGAGCUAUGACAUGGACGUGC